CCUACCUAGACCUUCAUGUAAGGUUGAGUGAGGGCUCUGGGGUUAGUUCCUGUUAGGCCCGGGCCGGGGGAGUAGGUGGAAGUCUCUUUAAGAUGCCCGGUGGGCUAGGGCACUGGGAGGUGUGAAGGGAGCGCGAGGAGGCCGCGAGGGGAGACCCACGGCAGGCCUGAAGAAGAGCGGCGACCGAGCCCGCCUUCCCUGCACCAUGCUCAUAGAGGAUGUGGAUGCCCUCAAGUCCUGGCUGGCCAAGUUACUGGAGCCGAUAUGUGAUGCAGACCCUUCAGCCUUAGCCAACUAUGUUGUAGCAUUGGUCAAGAAGGACAAACCUGAAAAAGAAUUGAAAGCCUUUUGUGCUGAUCAACUUGAUGUCUUUUUACAAAAAGAAACUUCUGGUUUUGUGGAUAAACUAUUUGAAAGCCUCUAUACCAAGAAUUACCUUCCACCUUUGGAACCAGUUAAGCCUGAGCCAAAACCACUAGUCCAAGAAAAAGAAGAAAUUAAAGAAGAGGUAUUUCAGGAGCCAGCAGAAGAAGAACGAGAUGGCAGAAAAAAGAAAUAUCCUAGUCCCCAGAAGGCUCGUUCAGAAUCUAGUGAAAGAAGGACACGUGAGAAAAAGAGGGAAGAUGGCAAAUGGCGAGACUAUGACCGGUACUAUGAGCGGAACGAGUUGUACCGAGAGAAGUACGACUGGAGAAGAGGCAGGAGCAAGAGCCGAAGUAAAAGCCGAGGCCUGAGUCGAAGCCGAAGCCGAAGCAGGGGGCGCAGCAAAGACCGGGAUCCAAACAGAAACGUUGCAGAGCACAGGGAAAGAUCAAAGUUUAAGAGUGAAAGGAACGAUUUGGAGAGUUCCUAUGUGCCUGUGUCUGCACCACCUCCGAGCUCUUCUGAACAGUAUUCCUCUGGGGCACAGUCUAUUCCCAGCACUGUCACUGUGAUCGCACCUGCUCACCAUUCUGAAAACACCACAGAGAGUUGGUCCAAUUACUAUAACAAUCACAGCUCUUCCAAUUCUUUUGGUCGAAAUCCACCACCAAAGAGGCGAUGCAGAGAUUAUGAUGAAAGAGGAUUUUGUGUACUUGGUGACCUUUGUCAGUUCGAUCAUGGAAAUGAUCCUCUAGUUGUCGAUGAAGUUGCUCUGCCAAGUAUGAUUCCUUUCCCACCCCCUCCUCCUGGUCUUCCUCCUCCACCACCUCCUGGAAUGUUAAUGCCUCCGAUGCCAGGUCCUGGCCCUGGCCCUGGCCCUGGCCCUGGCCCAGGUCCAGGUCCUGGCCAUAGUAUGAGACUUCCUGUUCCCCAAGGACAUGGUCAACCUCCACCUUCUGUUGUGCUUCCCAUACCAAGACCACCAAUAUCACAGUCAAGCUUGAUAAACAGUCGUGACCAGCCUGGGACAAGUGCAGUGCCCAAUCUUACACCAGUGGGAGCAAGACUACCUCCUCCCUUACCCCAGAACCUCCUUUAUACAGUGUCAGAACGACAGCCCAUGUACUCUCGUGAACAUGGUGCUGCUGCAUCUGAGCGACUUCAGUUGGGGACACCGCCUCCUCUGUUGGCAGCUCGUUUGGUGCCACCUCGAAACCUCAUGGGAUCCUCCAUUGGGUAUCAUACCUCAGUGUCCAGCCCCACCCCUCUGGUCCCAGAUACUUAUGAACCAGAUGGCUAUAACCCAGAAGCACCUAGUAUUACCAGUUCUGGUAGAUCACAGUACAGACAGUUCUUUUCAAGAACACAGACACAGCGCCCCAACCUGAUUGGCCUAACAUCUGGAGAUAUGGAUGCGAACCCAAGAGCUGCUAAUAUCGUCAUCCAGACUGAACCACCAGUUCCUGUUUCAAUUAAUAGCAACAUAACCAGAGUUGUUCUUGAACCAGAUAGCCGAAAAAGAGCUGUGAGUGGUUUGGAAGGGCCACUCACAAAGAAACCGUGGCUGGGAAAGCAAGGGAAUAACAAUCAGAGUAAACCAGGAUUCUUGCGAAAGAAUCAAUAUACAAACACCAAAUUAGAAGUGAAGAAAAUCCCUCAGGAAUUGAACAAUAUUACCAAGCUCAAUGAACACUUCAGCAAAUUUGGAACUAUUGUUAAUAUCCAGGUCGCUUUUAAGGGCGAUCCAGAAGCAGCUCUCAUUCAGUACCUUACCAAUGAGGAAGCCAGAAAAGCCAUUUCUAGCACGGAAGCUGUUCUAAACAACCGAUUCAUUCGAGUCCUGUGGCACAGAGAAAACAAUGAGCAACCAGCACUGCAGUCCCCAACACAGCUGCUUCUGCAGCAACAGCAGACACUGAGUCAUCUCUCCCAGCAGCAGCAUCAUUUGCCGCAGCAUCUUCAUCCUCAGCAGGCACUGGUGGGCCAGGCUUCUACCUCCUCGGUACAUGGUGGUAUCCAGAAGAUGAUGAGCAAACCACAGACAUCAGGUGCAUAUGUUCUUAACAAAGUUCCUGUCAAACAUCGUCUUGGACAUGCAAGCGCUAACCAGAGUGAUACGUCACUCUUGUUGAAUCAGUCUGGUAGCGCUGGGGAAGAUUGCCAGAUAUUUUCACCUCCAGGCCAUCCAAAAACAACGUACAGUUCCUCAAACUUAAAGACAUCUUCAAAACUUUGUACAGGAUCUAAAUCUCAUGAUGUUCAAGAAGUUCUUAAAAAAAAACAGGAAGCAAUGAAGCUACAACAGGAUAUGAGGAAAAAGAGGCAAGAAGUUUUAGAAAAACAGAUAGAAUGCCAAAAGAUGUUGAUAUCCAGGCUAGAAAAAAACAAAAACAUGAAGCCAGAGGAAAGAGCAAAUAUAAUGAAGACUUUGAAAGAGCUUGGAGAAAAGAUCUCACAAUUAAAGGAUGAGUUAAAAACAUCGUCUACAGUUUCCACACCAUCCAAAGUGAAGACAAAAACAGAGGCUCAGAAAGAGUUAUUAGAUACUGAACUGGACCUGCACAAGCGGCUGUCCUCAGGAGAAGACACAACAGAGUUACGGAAAAAACUCAGUCAGUUACAGGUUGAGGCUGCACGAUUAGGUAUUUUACCCGUGGGUCGAGGCAAGAGCAUGUCCUGUCAAGGCCGAGGCCGAGGCCGAGGCCGAGGUGGAAGGGGGAGAGGCUCGCUGAAUCACAUGGUGGUGGAUCACCGCCCCAAAGCCCUCACAGUGCGGGAAUUCAUCGAGGAAGAGAAAGAUGAAUUACUUCAGCAUUUCUCAGCUGCAAACCAAGGUUCAAAAUUCAAAGACCGUCGGCUACAAAUAUCAUGGCACAAACCCAAGGUACCAUCUAUAUCCACUGAGACAGAGGAAGAAGAAGUCAAGGAGGAGGAAACAGAAACCUCAGAUUUGUUCUUGCAUGAUGACGAUGAUGAGGAUGAAGAUGAAUAUGAGUCUCGUUCAUGGCGGAGAUGAAAUCUGACUCGAGCUAUAUAAUUUUUAAGAAUACUGUUUAGAAGAACAGCUUUUAAAAAUUAUUUAAAGAAGUCAAUGAGCCAAAAAAAGUUUUUUAUUUUUCUUUUCAACACAGUAGGUUUAAGGACAGCAAAUUUGCUAUGUAAACACAUCUCAUAAUUAAUUAUACAUGAUAUUAAAGCACCAAAGGCCUAGUGACUUUUAACAGUUACCAAGAUUCACAGAAAUAACAUGGAUACUCUCUAGAGCCUUAUUUUCCACACCACCCGUUUUGUUGCUCUUGGUGUUGGAUUAUGAUGUAAAUGACAGGGUGUUCACAAAUUUUAUUUUAGGUUAUAAUCUGCUGAUAAAAUUUCAUUAAAUGAUAAAAUCACCUGGAAUCUCUUAGCUAUUAUGGAUGAGUCAUCAGACAAUAAGAGGUAUUUAUAAUUCAAAUACCCUUUUGCUUGCAAGAGUUGUCUUGGAAGAAAAGUAAAUUUUUUUUUUACUCUGGAGGAGCCUAAUUUGUAUUCAAUCUCAGUUUUUUUUUUUUUUUCAGGGUUUUUAAGUGUAGUGAAAAUCACAAUAGACUAUUCUUAAAUAAGGCAAUGGUAGCUCACUCUGGUAUUUCCAUCCUCUCAUUGUGUUAAUUCCUAGACUUGCUGCUCAUUUGUGCUUUGAUACUAAGUGACCAUUUGUUCAGUUAGUCUUCUUAUUUUUUAAACCUGAGAAUGUAAAAGGCUUUCACCUGUUGCCCCUUUGUUAUUCCACCCUUUUAUUUAUAGGCCUGUGACUUACCCAUUAUUGAGUUAAGUAAAACAGCUGGGCCAUCAAAAUCCAAUCCCCAAUAAAAGGUUUAAAUCAGCAUAUUGAUAAGUAAAUGUUUUGAUAAGAAUAAAGGAAGGAUUUUGGGGAAGAGAAACAGCUUUUUAUUUUUCUAUUUUAAAGCUUCAAUUUUAAGUAAUGGACAAAAGGAUAAUAAGUAUCUGAAUUUCCUUUCUUAAAUUUAAACCAUAACGAUGAGGUAGCUUGGGAGUACAGUGGGAGUGGAGUAGGAGGCUGGGUAUGCUAGAAUAAAUGGGAGUCAUAGUGUGACUUUGAUUGGAUGAUCCUAUAUUUUCAUAAUCUUGUAGCUUGUUGCUAUCCAUGAAGACAUGCAUCAUUCAAUAUAGUUUCUUUUACUGUGUGCAUUUUUACUGUACACUGUAUAGAGUAUGUUAAGUAAAAUAUAUAUGUAAAUUUAUGUCCUUGUGCUCUGAAUGUUAGAUGGAAAAGCAGAGGAGCAACACUACACUGUACUGAUCCCUGGGAAAAUAAAAUGAUUAAUGUACAUAGGAUGUUACUUUUUCAAGGAAUCACACAUCUGUGUUUUUAUAUGUGUGUGGUGUGAAAUUUUGAAAUUUCCUAUCGGCUUUAGAAAGUUCUUGGUUAUCGCUAUAUCAAGGAUUUUGUUUCCUGAGGUAAAGACUGUCUCAAAAUAUUCAAUAAGAAACUAUUCAAUAAGAAGCUUAAAACCAUCAGGACUCUAGAUUCAUUUAGCUAUAGGAAGUUAAAUCCCAUGUUUUGAUCAUCCUUUCCCUUCAUAUUUUCCUGGAAGUAUCAAAACCAGGAUUGUUUUUACAUUCAUGUAAUUUUCUCUUCAGAAUAUCUUUCUCUUUCUAGGUUAUUAUUACAUUUGUGAUAACACUGAAUCUGAAAUAAGCUCAUAAAAGAAGGAAGCAUUAGAAUGGGGAACCUAGAAAAAGUUAUCUUGCUCCUUAACUCCUCCAUCAUCUCUAAUGAAAUUUUCUUAAUGUCUGUGGCUCAGUCAGUAUAUAUUUUGGAAGAUUCAUUGUGGUGAAUAUUUUGAGUCCUGACAGUUUAAACAUGAUAGAGGGAACAAAGGAUUUAUAUAUUUUUUGUACAAAGUUUUUUCUUAAAUUGUAUAAUUUUGUAAAUAAUUUGUUUGUUUUUUUUCUUUUGUGUACUAAAACUACCAGCGUAUAGAUUUCAAUAAGAAUUGUUGUAUUUUUGUAUUUGGAAACUGAAAAUUACAGUAAAUUAAUGGAGCUGUAAGAAAAUUUUCAGUAGACUGACAGUUUGACAGAAUGAAAUUCCUUUUCAUAUGAUUUUUUUAACCUCAAAAUUGACAUCUUACUACUACAUGUGCUAUAGGGAGAGUUGAAGAUUUUAGUUAUUGAGGACAGGGAAUGAAAGAUGGGUGCUAUUGUGAAGAGAACAGAUAGUUUGGGUUUUUUUGUUUGUUUUAAGCUUUCAAGUCCUUUGGAUAAAACUUGAUUUUUAGUAUACCUUAAAUAGAAAUAAAAUACUUUAAAAAUGUCCUAAGAAUUCUAAUGUUUGGCUUUCAGAAAUGAAUUGAAAAUAUAAAUUAUAAAACCUAAAACUAGCAUAAAAUAAUUACAUAUUCAUAUUCCCCUACUUUGAAAUUUUGUUUACCCCGACCCUCAAAUUGCAAGUAUCAUAUUAUGGUUUGUUUUGGUGGUACCUUCAUUUACGGAAAUAACAGCAUCAGAGACAAAAUUAUGCUGUUCUUAAUGUAUAUCUUUACAAGUAGCUCAUCAGCAGUAACAGCCACCAGUUUGGCUAAGUCAGACUCAUUCACUAGAUUUCUGCCCAAAUCUAAAAAACUAACCUCAUGAAUGCAAAAUUUCCCUCAGUUUCUUCUUGUAACUUCUGGAAAAUAUUGUCACCAGCUAAGACAAUAAAUGGGAAAAUGGUCCUGUGAAGGUAGGGAAGGUCCUUGGUGAUGGAUCAUUAUUUUAAACAAGAAAAAAAAAUCAUGUGAAAAGGAAUAGUGGUUCCUCUUGAUGUAUAGUAUGCCUGUAUUAUAGUUUUUACAAAAUUGUGAACUUGUGUAAUAGUAUAAUAGGAGAUAUUGUUGAAUUUCUAACUGUUUAUACAUUUAAAUUCAUAUAUGUAAUGUUUGUUUUAUUGAUUACAAUCUGAAUUUCUAAGAAGCAUGUUGACUUUUGCAAUAAAGAUGCAAUAUGGAAUGGUUCACAAUUUGGAAAAAAAGAUGAAAGUAUUACAAAUUUAAAAUAAUUUGGAAAAUUUCUGAACCAUUCCAGAAAUUAUAACAAUCACCAAAAGAGCUGUAAUUCUGGCUUGUUCUGGAAAGAAAGAAAAUGUGUGUGUGUGUGCUUGCAUGUGAGAGAGAGUGAGUAGGGGAUAUGCAUGUGUGUUUUAUGUUGGGUUCAUGUAUGUGAGAAUAUCACAAUAUGAAGGUUACGUGUGAAGUCAUUGUGUGUUAAAUAUUCAGUAGAAUUCCCUCAGGAAGUUAGUCUGGAGAAGGAUGUUGAAGUGUUCCUUUAAGUAACCUUUGAUAACCAUAUUGUUUGAAUCAUUGGUAGCUAUUGGAAUGCCAGAUAUCAAGCACAAAGAUUCUUCAGAAGCAAUUAUUUUAAUGUUUUGAAGAUAAUCAAUUUGCCUGCCAACAGGAAGAAGGAUAUUUUCCUUAAGUAGAAUAGGGAAAAGGGGGAAAAAAACGUGAAGGAGAGAUGACUUCUAGAUACAUCAGUUCUGAUGUGGAAAGUGUAGCAGAAGGCUACACCCUGAGGACCACAUGGUGCUGGGGAAGGGACGCGAAGCCUGGCAGUUAGGCGUCUCCUGUUUGCUCAUUUAGAAAACUUCUAUUUGCUAGAAGUUCCAUAAAUAGUUCCCUUUCUAGUGAUUAUGUAUAGUCUAAGGCUUUUUCUGCAAGUUUCAGCUUAUUCAGGAAAAUACUAAAGAAGAGUAUAUUUUCAUUCUUUUCACAUAAAUAAUUUGUAUCCAUUUGUUUCUAGGAGAUCAUGAAUAGUCCUAUAAAUGUUUAUAAUAAACAUGAGACUUUGUGGGGGGCAGACAUUCUGAACAUUUUUAUCCAUUUGACAGGAACAGAUGUUUUACUAAAAUGGAGCUCAUCAACAGUACUGAUUUUCUUGGUGAUUUUACUGGUUUUGAUGUACAUUGUACUAAAACCAAUGAUAAGCUGAUUCAUGAGCCCUAGCAUAUUACCUAGUGUAGAUUAGGUUAUGUUACAGUCAAUACAGAUAUGAUUGUGUAUGUCAGUGUAUAGGAUACUAAAUUAGAGUUAGGCUUGCUUUAGAUCAAACCAAUAUCUUGCAAGGAAGACCUCAUUUUAUAUUUAAUUUCAAAGAUUUAAUUAAUGAGUUAACUGUGAUUGACUCAAAAUAAGAAAAAAGGCUAAUAACAAUACAUGUCAUGAAUUACCUUCAUUUAUGCUGAAUUGGUUUAAUUGCCAAGUGAACUUUCAACAGGAUCAGAUAUCUACCUUUCAAUCUUUUCUUACCUGUUCUGCAGUCAACCUUAGGUUAACAGUAAACCAUCCAGCUUUCUGAGACAGGUGACUUGAUACAGGUGAAAUUAAGGUCAGAGUAGUAUUUGAUGAUUUUUUUUGCAAGAUACUUAAUUUUUGGUGGUGGUAGUGAUUAUGCUCACCUAAAAUAAGCAUGGAAAGCAUUGUAGCUUAGUGUUUAUGUUAAAUUACUAUUUUUGCAAAAGAAAAUGCCAUAAUAGCUUUUUAGCUUGUUUUGGAUCAAAGACUUUUUUUUUUUUUUAAAAGACUGUUCAGUCUUUUAACUGCUUUUUGGAGUUCUACUUUGACUUAGUGAUUCAUCAGUUUUUAGUAUUUAAUAGAGUUGAGUUUAUGGUUUAGUACUUCAUUGUUCAAAACUUAUUUACUCAGUUCUUUGUCAGAGAAUAGAGACAAGCCUUUUAAUCAUUUAGCCAUGUUUCUGUUGAUGAAAUUUUUAAAGGGAAUAAAAUAGCAAUAAAACAAAUUGAAGCAGUGAUAAGACAGUAGGAAAUCUACAAUAGUUACUAUAUUGCAUAUUGUCCUCUAAAUAGUUGCUCUGCUUUUAGGCUUGUAAAGUCAAGUCAGUCAAACAAUUCAGUUCCUCCAGAACUGGUUGCUGGAGGUGGGGGGAGUUGUUCUCCCUGAACCGAGUGCUGGCUCACAAGCAGACUUAGCUUCCUAUGAAAUUCCUAACGUAAAAACCUUACAAAUGUAAAAAUCUUAUUAUAGUUUCCUGCAGUCCUUGUGAUUUCAUUCUUAGUUUACACAGAGACAACUAUUACUUAAUACGUAUUUUUCCCAGUUGUGAAUUAGUAAGGGCUAAUACAUUCUCAAAUUUAAUUUUGUUUUGUGGUCUCAUUGUUGAGGGUACUCACAGUGUUUUUAGACCAGAUGCUGCCUACUCAUGUAAACAUGUUGCUUCUGCAUAAAUUAUUGACUGCUAGUUCCUGAACUGUCUUCCAGCUAAAGGGUUAUUUAUUUACUGGAAGAUUCAAUGCUUCAAACAUUUAGAACCUGUAGGGGGCUCCAAAAGGCAAAUUUUAACCUUAGAGUGGUGACCAAAUCUUUUUCAUAGCAACUCUCAGUGAAACACUUUUCAUGUUGUAAUGUAUACAUACACACACAAUCCAGAUAAAAAGCACAAAAGCAGUUCUUAAGACCCGUUAUGCAACUGAUAUUUUUAUUCUACUUGAUAAAAAUUAUUUUCAGGACUCCCUUGACUUUCAAAGUUAUAAUUUGGAAAAUUGGCCAAUUGACAUUGCAGGAUACUCAACUCAUAUUUAAACCACUCUUGUCUAAUUUUAAAUCACUCUUGUCUUCCUUGCUGUGACAUCAGUAUUUUGAAUAUAAAAUGAUUUAAAAAAUAAAAUGAUGUACUUAUUUUAUGUGUAUCUUGUUUGGGAAAAUGGUCUAUAGUUGGCCUUUAUUCAAAAAAGUGAGAUAUAUAUUCUUAACUAUUUUUUUUCUUGAACCUGGAAGUAUUUUAUAGUAGUUAAUUUAGAAACUUUUAAAACUUGCAGAUAGCUUUAGUAUUUUUGUCAUUUGUCUUCGAGAAAGGGGUGGAAAUUUGUGUAUUGGUAUUUUUUAUGCAAUUCAGGUCCCUUCGCAGAAGGUAAGUCCAUGACAGCUACAACUAUUUUAAAUCCAUAAAUCAAUAAAAAUUUUAGCUUUGAAUUUAGUUUUGUACUUUUAAGAGUUCACCUUAGCUAUAAAUGAUUCAACACAAAUCAAUUUUGAUAUCUGAGAAAGUUGUACAUAUUCUAAAAUUGUACCAACUGAAUUUUACUCUUCAAACAUGUGCCUCUGUAGUUCAUAAGAAAUAUAUUAAACACCUGUAGUUUAACGAACUACCUUACCACUUUUAUUCAUCUAGAUCUGACUUGUUUCUGCAUUCAAGUUAUUUCUUAGCACAUAAGUGUACAUAUUUGUGGGGUUAUACGUGUUUAAGUAUAUGUGUACCUUGUCUACUCAUCAACUUGAGAUAAUUAGUAUUUUCAUCUCUAGCAUUUCUUUAUAUUUGGAAGCGUCUAGAUCCUAUCUUCUAAUUCAUUGUAAAAUAUAAGGUAUUGUGAACUAUAGUGACUGUACUGAGAUUCUAAUGUACAGAACAUUAGAAUCUGUGUGGUUUGGUACCCAUUGUCCGUCCUUCCUAUCUUUUCUAUCCUCUGGUAAUGAAUGACUUCUCUACUGUUACUACUUUUGAGAUCAACUCUUCUGGCUUCUCCAUACCAGAGAGAACGUGUGGCACAUGUCUUUGAGUGGGCUUCCUUAGCAGUGUUCCCAGUUCUGUCCAUUUUGUUGCAAUGACAGAAUUUCUGUCUUUAUGGCUAAUAAUGUUACAUUGUACCAUAUACUGUAAUUUUCUUUGUCCAUUCAUCCAUUGAUAAUUGAAGGGUGCCAAAUAAACAUGGCAGUGCAGUUCUUUCAUGAAAUGCUGAUUUCAUUUCUUUUGGAUAUAUACCCUGAGUGUGAUAGCUGGAUCAAGUGGUAGAUUUAAUUUUAUUGAAGAACCUCUAUACUUUUAUUCAGAAAGGCUGUACUAAUUUACAUUUCCCACCAAAAGUGUUUUUAAGAGUUUUCUUUUUUAGGUGAAUGGUGGCACACAAGAAUCGUAGCACUUGGGAGGCAGAGCUUUAGUUCAGGUACCACUUGAGCAACUUAGACCCUGUCUUACAAUUUAAAAGAAUAAAAAUUUUAAAAGGCCGGAGAUGUACAAAGGAUCCUCCAGGAUUACAUCUACAUGUAUCUUCCUUCCCCCUGGCCAGAUUGUAGAUUGAACCCAGCAAGUGCUGAGCUAUAUCCAUAACCGUUGUUACUUAUUCAUUUUUAUUUUCAGAGAAGAUCUUGCUAAAUUGCCCAACUACGUCAAAUUUGGGACCUGAAUAGGUGAGACUAGAGGCAUUUGCCAUCAUGCCCAGCUAUUUUUGCUUUUUCAUAAUACUCUCUGAUGGGUGAGAUGAUAACGUCACUAUAGUUGUGAUUUGAAUUUCCUUUAUGUCUAAUGAUUUCCUCAUGUACUUGGCCAUUUGUAUUUCUUUUCAGAAAUGUCUAUUCAGAUCAUAUUUAGUUUAAAAUAGAAGUUUUAAAUUUUUUGAGUUUCAUAAAUGACCUAAAUAGUAAACCUUUGUCAAGUGAAGAGUUGUAAAUAUUUUUUCCACUCUUCAUGUUAUCUCUUCACUGUACUGAUACUUUUUAGUUAAAUGUAAUGCCACUUGUGUAUUUUUGCAUCUGUCCCUUAUAUUUGGGGGGUCUUAUGUGAAAAACCAUUACUUACAUCAAUGUCCUGAAAUGUUUCUUUCAAAUUUUCUUCUAGUAGUUUACAUAGCUUUUUAUUACAUCUGGGUCUUUGGUCGAUUUUGAGUUGAUCUUUGUAGUGGUAAGAGGUGAGGAUCAAGUUUUUUCCUUCAUUUGUUGAAGAGGUUCUGUCUUUUCUCCAGUUUAUGUCUUUGGUGACUUUGUUGAGAAUCAGUCAGCUGUACGUGCCUGGAAUCUAUUCUAUUCCAUGGAGCUAGACACUUAAAUUUGGGCAAGUGUUAAUUUACGUCAUUGGAUUACCUGAGUUUUCCCAUUUCCUUAAAUGUGAUGAGAAAGGCUGAGAAUGUGUGGAUGAAAAUGUUGCAGUGUCUUUGGAAUUCCGUAGAAGAAAACCAGUAAAUCUACAACAUAAGUACUAUGUACUUUUUUUUUUUUUAGUUCUUAGGUAAUCAAAUCUGACUUUACUGCAAUACUAUGGUACCAAAAAGUAUUUUCAAUUAAACUGCUUUCCACUUUCAAACUCA